AUGUCAAAACAAUGGGCAGACAGUAAAGAUGGUGCUUUCAAGAGACAAGUAUCAUCGUUUAGAGAUUUCGUCUCAACAUCACAUCCAGUUUAUAAGCCAGCAAAGGGUAGAUAUUGGUUAUACGUCUCCCUAGCAUGUCCAUGGGCUCAUAGAACAUUAAUAACAAGAGCCUUGAAGGGGUUAUGUGGUGUCAUUGGUGUUUCCGUGGUUCAUUGGCAUUUGGAUGACAAGGGUUGGAGGUUGUUGCCUGGUGACCCAUCUUAUUCGUCAUCGAAUGACAUAUUCUAUACUAUUAAUGGUGGUAUGAAGGAUACUGAAAAGAAUGUCUCUAAGCCUCAUGGUGAUUGCGCUAAUGAUUCUUCCAAACUAUGGAUCGAUUCAAGUUUUGACCCUAUUAAUGGGUUUGAAAGAUUAUCUCAACUGUAUUAUAAGUGUAAUCCUGAAUAUAAUGCCAGAUUCACUGUUCCUGUCCUCUGGGAUAUUGAAACUCAAACAAUUGUUAAUAAUGAAAGUGCCGAUAUUAUUAGGAUGUUGAACAGUGGUGUUUUUGAUGAAUUAAGAGAUAAUGAGGGGAAGACAAACGGUGAUAUUGAUUUGGUUCCAAAACAAUUAGAAAAGGAAAUUGAUGAAUUUAAUUCUUGGGUUUAUGACAACAUUAACAAUGGUGUUUAUAAGGCUGGAUUUGCUGAAAGUAGUUCCGUUUAUGAAAAGGAAGUUACUAAUGUAUUCAACCAUUUGGACAAAUUAGAAAAAGUUUUGCAAGGAACUUACGAAGAUUUACAAUCUAAAUACGGUAAAGAUAAUGAAAAGGAGAUUUUAAAGCAUUAUUUUGCUGUGGGACAACAAUUGACGGAAGCUGAUGUUAGACUAUAUACUACAAUUGUUCGUUUUGAUCCAGUUUAUGUUCAACAUUUCAAAUGUAAUUUUACUACGAUCAGAGAUGGGUAUCCAUAUAUUCAUAAAUGGGUCAGAAACUUAUAUUGGAAUUAUAAAGCUUUUGGUUUGACUACUAAUUUCGAUCAUAUUAAAUUACACUAUACUCGCUCUCAUACGAGAAUUAAUCCGUUAGGUAUAACCCCAUUAGGACCCAAACCAGAUAUUAAAGAAUUAUGA